AUGUUAUAUUUCUACGAAGCAUUUGAUUGGAUCAAAAAUAAGAUCGGCCGGAUCUUUGAUCGGCAGAGGACGCCGGGUUGGGUUGAUAUCAUCGGCCGUGACAGUUUUGCCGCCAUGAGCGGGUGGAUGGGUGAUGAGCCCCCUACUGCCGCCUGUGUCUACGUGACAGUCGAAACGUUCUGGCACAAUCCCCGCUACCCCACCCUCACUCUUCGUCCUCCGACCUCUGCUGCUCUAUCCCACGUCCCCGACGAUCGCGAACUCAGCUUCUCCAAAUUCAGCGACAUCGUCCUUGCUCAGCAUACCCCCUCCUUCGCCUAUCACGUCUUAUCCCGCGCCCGAAACCCUGACACAAUGCUGCAGCCCGCUGUGCGACGGGAGUGGGAUUGCUGGGUGGUGCGCCGCAGUGACGGGGAUCUCUGCGUCGGCCUCGCCAAUCGCCUGUACUGGGAUUUCAACUACACCGUCUACUCUGUCUUCCAGUACGAAUCGCCGCAGCACCGCCAGCGUGUAGUGCGAACCGGAAUGCUGAUCGUUCCUACCCAUAACGUAUGGAUCGAGACGACGGAUGAGGAGGAGGAUCCGGUGGAGGGGUUCAAGAUACACCCAGAGUUUGAGAAGUAUAGGAAGGCGGUGCCGUUGGAGGCGCACGAAGGGGUGCAACUCACUUUCGAGUAUGGAAGGGUUCCCUCGAACGUAGUUGCCGAGGCAGUUAGCGGUUCAGCACUCUUCGACAAGGAGCUGAAGGCGAUAAGGGAGAACGGGCGGUUCUGA